GGCCCCAGGGGCUGGGUGCCCACACCCCGCGGGGAGAGGUGUCGGCGGGAAGCGGGGCCGUGGCUCGGAAGUGUGAACCCUGUGGGGGUCUCCUUUCGGCACCAAAACUGACGCAGCCCGGGGCGGUUUCGAUUUUGGAAGAGCUAUUCCAAACGAGUUUAAGGGAAGCCGAGGACCUGGCGAGAGCGAUGGCUUCCCGGGUUGCGGGUGGCAAAGUUUCUGGAGCCUGCUCGGCCCUGACAGACUGCAGGCCCCAAGCCACUGGGUCUCGGUCCGGGGCUGGCCUGCCCAGCUGUUCGCUGGUGGGAGCGUCUGGUGUGUGUGGCCCAGGUUUUUGUAUGAGUGAAGAAGACAGCUGUUGGAAGUGGAAGUGACAAAAUAUUUUUUAGGAUGUUUGAAGAUGAAGAAAAAGUGAAAUUACGCCGUCUUGAACCAGCUAUCCAGAAAUUCACUAAGAUAGUAAUCCCAACAGAUCUGGAGAGGUUACGAAAGCACCAAAUAAAUAUUGAGAAGUUUCAACGGUGUAGAAUCUGGGACAAGUUACAUGAAGAGCAUAUCAAUGCAGGACGUACAGUUCAGCAACUCCGCUCCAAUAUUCGAGAAAUGGAGAAGCUUUGUUUGAAAGUCCGAAAGGAUGACCUGAUACUUCUGAAGAGAAUGUUAGAUCCUGUUAAAGAAGAAGCAUCAGCAGCAACAGCUGAAUUUCUCCAACUCCAUUUGGCAUCUGUCGAAGAACUUAAGAAACAAUUUAAUGAUGAAGAAACUUUAUUACAGCCUUCUUUGACCAGAUCCAUGACUGUUGGUGGAGCAAUUCACACUCCUGAAGCUGAAGCUGAUUCUCAGAGCUUGACUCAGAUAAAUGCAUUGCCUGAAAUUCCUCGAGAUCAAAAUGCUGCAGAAUCAUGGGAAACCUUAGAAGCGGACUUAAUUGAACUUAACCAACUGGUCACUGAUUUCUCUCUCCUAGUUUAUUCUCAGCAGGAGAAGAUUGACAGCAUUGCAGACCAUGUCAACACUGCUGCUGUGAAUGUUGAAGAGGGAACCAAAAACUUGGGGAAGGCUGCAAAAUACAAGCUGGCAGCUCUGCCUGUGGCAGGUGCACUCAUCGGAGGAGUGGUAGGGGGUCCAAUUGGCCUCCUUGCAGGCUUCAAAGUGGCAGGAAUUGCAGCUGCACUUGGUGGUGGGGUGUUAGGCUUCACAGGUGGAAAAUUGAUACAAAGAAGGAAACAGAAAAUGAUGGAGAAGCUCACUUCCAGCUGUCCAGAUCUUCACAGCCAAACUGACAAAAAAUGCAGUUAAAAACCAGACUUUGAUAUUAUUGGCACCAACAUAUUGAUCCUAAUAAGCACCUUGCUGCUAUUGGACACUCAAUCAGCUUUUGGAACACUGCAUAUUGGGACAGUGGUUCUGGAUGCCCAAAUGUGAUUGAACUGUAAUAACAUGUAUUUUUUUUUGCUGGGUGUUGGAGAUGUUAGGGGUUGAGCAGCUUAGAGUGUGUAGUGUUCAGUCAGGUCAAAUUUAAAGACUACCAAGGAGCAAAUUUUCUGCCUGCAAACGUGAAAGCUAAACCUACUUAAACUCGGUGAAGGACUUAUAUGUCCUUCAAUUGGAGACCUUAGGACACAGUGUAUUGUAGAUUACUCAGGUGUGUUAGUGAAGAAAAGAAUGAGUUUAGAAGUCUUCCUAUCAGAUUGGGAUUCAAGAGGAAACUAGGGGCACAGAUAAACUGCAAAAUGGAAUCUAUUUGGUGAACCUGCUUGUAGUUUGAACCAACUUACAUUAUUUUUAGGUGAAGGAAAGUAAUAGUAUAAGAAAAUGGAAGGGGCCCGGCUCCUCUUUCGGAUGUCUUUGUGACACUGGCUACUUUUUAGAACUCUUCCUCUGCUUCUCUUAAGUAAAUAACACUGAAUAUCAAGUGGUAGGAGACAUACCAGGCCAGUCACUGAGAUCACUGUGUCAGCCUGUCUCCUGCCACCUCGACCAUCUCAUGCCCUGUGUUUUCCCACCCUUGUAACUUUGAAAAGCUUUUCAGUUUGUGGGCUGGAUUCUGCUCAUAUGUAAUGAGCACUUUUCUCUUCGUCUGCCUUUUAGUAUUGUUUGCCAUCUCUGUUUACCCUAUCCCGUAAGAAAAAAGAAGGAAAACUUCCAAAUAUUUCCAGCAUUAUUAGAGUUUGGGCUAACAAUAAGGAGUGUCAGAAAUCAUGAGACAGUAUCUAGUUUUGAGGGGCUGAUGUAUCCACUACACAAGGGCCCUCUGGUCCUGUAUCCUUUUCAGCUGGCCUUUGGGGGAGCAAAGAACUAGCUUUCUACCUCACCACUAUUACUCCUAUCCCUUCCACAGGCUUCUUUAUCUCUUGUACUUUUCACAUUGCUGUUUCUUCCCAAGAAUGCCAUUUAUGCUUAAUUUUUCUCACAUUCUUUGGAGUGACAAAGCCAGGUGCCAAGAUUUAGUCCCAAAGAAGUAUUUGUGGUGCUAAUACCAACACUUGACACUGACAUCAAGCAUGGUACAGCCCAACCCCAUGUGUGUCUCAAACAGAAAAGAUUUCACACUUAGAAAAAACCUAAGAUUACAAGCAGUCUCACUCUGUACCCCCAAAUCAUUUGAAAUAGGAAGGAACCACCUUUUUGCCUUAUUCUUUACUUUUUUCAGAAGACAGGAAUGGGCAUUUGCCCCUCAUAAGGUAUGAACAGUUGCCCAAGCUGGGCUUACCAGAUCGAAUGGUUUAUCACUUAGCUUCUCUCUUGCUGAGGUUGCUUUAAGUAACUAUUUGUUACCUUUCACUUCUGUGUCCAAAGAGAUCUCUUUCAUAAUUUUGCAUCUCAUCAAUGAAUUCUAAAAGUGACGAAGCACCAUUUCUUAUUAUCUUUAAAUAACUGGCAGAUAGCAAUUAUUAUCUGCUUACUUUUAUCUUUAAUAAAAAAGAAAAAUCUGGUAAGGAUCAGAUUGUGAUCCAGUGUCUGAUACUGGACACCUGUAAAGUUGGAGUAAUUACUUUUUUUGCUAUUCUGGAGAUUGAACCCAGGGCCUUCACACUGAGCUACAUCCCCAGUUAUUUUUU